AUGAAUUGUGGUGGUGCUGACAAGUACGAUAGAAGUGGUGAGGGAUGCCAAUCAACGAGCAAAAUUUCGGACAGUGUCCGCCUUGCCCAAUCUUCCAUGGCAAUAAUCCUCCGGAAUACCUCCGGGCGCAUCCAACCCGGAGAAAUCACGAUAUCCUCUUCUUCGUCCCUUGAGCUCGUGUUCUGCCGGAAUCAAAGUGGACACACUACUCCUUCUAGCACAACUCAGACUAAGAUCAUGGAAUCCAUGUAUCAAGGCGACAUAUCACCAAACACGCGAAGGACGCCAGAUACCCAAGAUAUGGCCCGAAUUUCAGCCUCCAUCGCAAUUAUUGGUGCUGGACCCUGCGGUCUGACAUUCGCACGCUUACUGGAGAAGAACAACAUAGACUUUGUGGUCUUUGAGAAAGACGUCGACUCGACUCCCACGCCGAUGUACCAGGGUGGGACCCUUGAUCUUCAUGGCCCCUCCGGACAGCAGGCGCUCAGAAGUGCAGGACUCUUCGAAAGGUUCAGUAAACUCGCGCGGUGGGAUGCUACGAAGUUUGUUGUUCAGGACUCAACGUGCACAAUGAAAGCCGAGUUCGGUCAGGAUCGCGACGCUCCUGAGAUUGACCGUUUCCAAUUGCGUCAACUUCUGUUGGACUCAAUUCCAUCUCAUAAGGUGCGAUGGGGGCAUGGCGUCAGGACAAUUGAGAAGGGCUCAGGCUCGGAUUGGGUUAUCAAAUUCACGAACGGCACCUCUGCAUCCGGGUUCCAGCUCAUUGUUGGCGCUGACGGUGCGUGGAGCAAAGUUAGGCCUUUGCUCACUACGGCACGGCCUGAAUACUCUGGGAAGAUGUUCAUCGAGGGUCGGCUGUCGCACAACAACCCAAGUUACUCUGCCGCACUGGAACUGUCAGGAACCGGCAAUAUGAUGGCUUUGGGAAACGGACGAACAGUCUCGGUGCAACAGGUGUCCGAUCGGUCGUAUCGAGUCUACGUGGGCUUGGUGGCCCCGGAGAACCUGACAAAGACCACACUCGAUAUGGCUGAUACAGAGGCCACACGACAAAAGCUUCUUUCUUCGCCACAGUUCUUUGCGGAUUUUGCUCCCGAAUUACAAAACUUCAUUUCCAACGCCGAAGGUCCUUUUCGGCCCUGGCAUCUUUACCGCAUGCCCGUAUCCUCCGUCAACUGGGAUCGUGUUCCAGGCAUAACUCUUCUUGGCGACGCCGCGCAUGUGUCGACACCAUUCGUAGGUGAAGGGGUCAACAUGGCUAUGUAUGACGCCCUCAAGCUCGCCGAGAGCAUCGCCAAGCACGGGGUUGCUGUUCUUACUGAGAAAGCGCAGCGCGCAUCUAAACUUGAGGAAGCCAUCAAAGAGUACGAAACGGAAAUGUUUGGCCGCGCUCAAGACUUUAUCAAGCGCUGCAUCAUGAGUGAGGAGGUAUUCUUUGCUGAGGACGGAGCUCAGCAGUUCGUCAACAUGAUCAGCCAAGCUGUCGAAUUCCAGCAUCAAGGACUCUUUAGAGAAGAGAAUCAACGUGUUGGAGGAAUCUUCCCAGAAUAUGCUACGCUAGUCGUGUGUUUUCAGAUAUUGACUGGAGUCAAAUUGAAUAAACACAGGCAGCUUUCAAAGAUCCUGACAACGAGCGGGGACGCAGUAUCUGAAACUAGACUGCGUGAACAGGUGUGGCGUUCACAAGGAGGCGUGGAGUUUUCGGCCGAAAUCUGUCCGGGAUUGACUUCUUGUACCAUCGUCGUCGCAGGAGGAACUCGUGGGAUCGGUCGAGCUAUUGCUGAGGCUAUCAAUCGCAAGGGUGGCUACCGCGUCAAGAUACUGAGCAGAUCUGCCAAUCCGGCUCUCCAAGAGGAGACGGGCAUUGAGGUCAUUCAAGUUGACUACAACAGCGUCUCAGAGUUAACAAAGGUCUUCGACGACAACGAAGUCGACACAGUAAUCUCAACCCUGUUCGUGACUUCAGAUGGCUCUCCUCAGGUGAACAUGAUACGUGCCGCUGAAGCCUGCGUCCAUACGAGGAGAUUUAUUCCAAGCGUGUGGGGAAUUCCAUACUCAAGGGAAUCUUCUAGUCAAGUAACCGAGAGGCAGAUGACUAUCGGCCAAUCGAAGCUCGACGCAGUGGAAGACCUCGAAAAUUCCUCUCUGGAGUACACUUUGUAUUACGUCGGCUACUUCCUUGACUUUUGGGGGUACCCACGGGUUAAAACAUACCAGAUACAAAAUAUUAUCGUUGUCGACAUCGAGAACAACAGGGCCGCCAUUCCUGGCAAAGGUGAUACCCCCGUUACCUUCACGCAUACCUUAGAUGUCGCGGAAUUUGUGGUAGCAAGCUUAGAGCUCCCCAAGUGGGAAAGGGAGAGUUAUGUUAUCGGCGAGAAUGUGACGUGGAACGAAUUUCUGCGAAUCGCGGAGGAGGUCAAAGGCGUCAAGUUUGAAGUAACCUACGACGAUAUCGACUUUCUCAAAUCUGGGAAGAUCACCGAGUUGCCAUCUCAUCCAUCCCUGUACGGUGUGAUGCCAAAAGAUCAACUUCAGGCACUUUUCGCCACCUUUGGUAUCUGGUUUGAAGAAGGGCUGUAUCAUCUGGAGCCGGGAACAACUCUCAAUCAGUUAUUUCCAGUUAUCAAGGCGCGAACUGUCAAAGAAGUCAUCCAGGCCGGGUGGGGUCAGAAGAGCUGA